GCUUCCUCAAUAUAAGGCAAAGUCGUAUGUACUAGCUAGUGUUUAGGAAUACAUAUAUGUUUAAACCAGAGAUAAAUUUUGAAGUUCCCCUGAUUCCCGUUGUUGGGGAUGGGUUCUGCUUUCCUUACCUUGUGAACUUAACUGUGAAGAAGAAAAUCCUGGGACUCUCACAACUAAACAUCGAUGUCUUGGAUGAUAUUGGGACUUCUCUUCUCCAAGGUGAAGGAAAAGUUUGGCAUCUUAGGAAGAAGAAGAGAAUCAUUGCUGAUCCUGCUGGUUUACCCCUACUUACUCUGCACGAAAAGACACUUUCAUGGCAUAAUACCUGGAAAGUUUAUCGUUCAGACAGAAAUGAUGUGCUCUACACAGUUAAAAGAUCAAGCACAUUUCAAAUGAAAAUGCAACUUGAUGUGUUCUUGGCUAGCAAUAUCAAUGGAGACAUCUGUGAUUUCCAUGUAAAGGGAUCUUUCACCAAUCAAUCUUUCAAAGUUUAUAAAGGGGACACUUUGAUUGCUGAGGUGAAAGAAAGAUUCAAACUUGGAAGCUUCUUCAAAGGAAGAGAAAAUUUUGAAGUAAGAGUUUAUCCUGGUGUGGAUUAUGCGUUUAUUGUCUCAAUAUUGAUCGUAUAUAAUGAAAUAUACGGGGAAUCAUAGAUACACAUUAUGUAAAUUGGCAGGUUUCUUGGCCUCCUUUCUCUUUUAUGUACAAGUGUGUCAAAACUCACAUCCUAUACUUAUAAAGGGAGUAUUUUAGCCUUUUAUGAUGUCAAUAAAUAAAUAGAUCCUUUUUUUUAUUCUA